AUGGAGCCCUACUGGAGCGGAUUUACCAGCCCAAUUGCAUUUCCCGUUUACACCGGAGCAAAGGGCAUCUCGACUGGAACGCAAUAUCCGGCCGGUUACUCGACGCCAUCAUCGACGAGUUCGAAUUCUGAUUCUGGCUCUGGCUCUAGUAUAGACUCUAACACUAACUCCGACUCCGCCUCCGCCUCCUACAUCACAGCAUACAGCUCGGGGACAGCUGUUUCGAAUCCAUCCCAGCAUCGUGGGAGCUCUACACCAGUUGGCCCUAUUGUCGGUGGUGUUAUCGGUGGUCUGAUAUUCAUCAGUCUGAGUGUGGGACUCAGUGUCUAUUUCGCCGUGAUUCGUCGAAGGAGAGAAAGGAGAGCAGCUCAGGGGCAGGGACAGCCUCAACCUCCGAGUCAACCCCAGCAACCACCUGGAUUCCCACCUGGUUCUCAAACGUAUCCCUCUCCGUAUCAGUAUCCGCCAAACCAGCCGAUGGCUCCAUUCGGUCCUGCGAAAUUAGGAGUUCCGCAAAGUCCUCCGCCUCAUCACCCCUUGCGGUAUGAGGUUGAAACGCAAUAUAAUAAGCCCGAGCUGGAUAUUUCGAGACAGCAGUCUGAGCCGGUUUAUUCGAGUCAGACUCAGCAUGCUGAGUUACCGGGUAUGCAGCCUAUUCAGCCGGAAUAUGUUUCGAUGGCGCAGCGGCCUUCUAAAGCUGAGAUUUGA